AUGGAGUUUUUGCUUUUGAUAUUCCCUUUCCUACCUUCUCUUAUAGCCCCUGCCAAAAAGAGAGGCAGACCAGCUCAACCGAAGGAGCCUAGGGCACCCAAACCACCUAAAGUCUCCAAAGCACAAAAGCCACCUAAGGACCCAAAUGCACCUAAGAGGAAACCUGGUCCUAAGCCCAAGAAGACCACUGAGGCUCAGAUAGGUGGCAAGCAGGAGAAGAUUGAUGAGAGCUUCAAAAAGGUGAAGAGGAAAGUGGACCGCUUCAAGGGAAUGACAGAAGAGGAGGUCAUGAAAAAAACACUGCCAGACCUGCUGGACUACAACCUGGACUAUGUCAUUAUUGGUAUAAAUCCAGGGUUAAUGGCAGCUUACAUUGGACGAUGGUUUCCAGGACCUGGAAAUCAUUUCUGGAAGUGCCUGUUUUUGUCUGGAUUUACUGAGGAGCAACUCAACCAUAUGCAUGACAACACCCUGCCUGUCAAGUACAGGAUGGGCUUCACCAACAUGGUGGCAAGGGCAACACCAGGGAGCAAAGACCUCUCAAGUAAAGAGUUACGUGAAGGAGGCAAAAUUCUCGUAGAGAAGUUAAAGAAAUUCAAGCCUCUUAUUGCUGUUUUCAAUGGAAAAUGUAUCUAUGAAAUGUUCUGCAGAGAGUUGUUUGGUAAAAAACCUCAGAAUCUUGAAUUUGGUUUGCAGCCACACAAGAUCCCCGACUGUGACGUGGCUCUAUAUCUGAUGCCCUCAUCCAGCGCUCGCUGUGCUCAGUUCCCUCGUGCUCAGGACAAAGUCCACUUCUACAUCAAGCUGAAGGAGCUCAGAGAUCAGCUGAAGGGCAUCCAACAUAGCACUGAGAUCCAGGAGGUCAACUACACGUUUGACCUGCAGCUGGCCAAGGAGGACGCCAAGAGACUGGCAAUAAAGGAGGAGCAGUACGAUCCUGGUUAUGAGGACGCCUAUGGUGGAGCAUAUAUUGAGAAAGGACCCGAAGGGGGUCAAGCCCAAAGCCAGAUCAACGGUCACUGUACAUUCUCAUCUGUAGAAACUACAGGAGCAGAGGAGGCGACCACGUCACAAACGGCAGAGGGCCAGAUCCCAGACGGACAGUGGUUGAUAGAGUCCUUUGCAGAUCAAAUCCCAGACAUCAGUGGUGGACCAAAAGACGGCGGCGUAUGAGGGAUAAAGGCUUCGCUGUCCCUGCAUUGACGUGCAGAGACAUCAUCCAGCUCUUUCUCUUUUGUCAGGUUUUAGAUUUUCCUUUAUGUUAGUGACUGAGUGGAAUAUACACAUGUAGACGGAUUUUUAGAAAAUUUUCAGGAUAUUAUUUCUGCACUCUGUGUGGUCUUGUAUACAUGUAUGAUCCUCUUCAUGGCAGUCUUUUUGAAUAUGUGAAAUCAGAACUUGAUGAUGCUUGACUGUCACUGUGGAAGAUCGUGUACCCGAACACUUGUCUUGGCUUCGUACUGUACCAUACUGCACCAUGAUGCAGUAGGUGGAAACAUGGAUAUCUACUGUUUUGACAGUAAACUCCAGAUGGUUAUUUGAUAAAAAUGGCUGAGUGCGAACCUGUGUGAUCCUCAACGUGAACUGAGGAUUUAGCUCGUUUUUACUUUUGUGGUGCUAUGAACUGACCUCGAUGCAAGGUGAUCACUCUGUGAAGCCAGACCUCUCAUGGAUUCCACAUAAGGAAUUUGUGGUGCGCCUUUCAAUAGGUUACAAAUCUCAAAUGGGUUUUAACUUUUUAUCACUUUAUUGCUUUAGGAAUUUUAGAAUUAUGUUUAAUGGUUAUGAAAAUGUCAUUCACAAGAGGUUCUAUGAAACAUUUGUCCAUUAAAAUAUCCCGAUG